UCAUUUUGCUCCGUAUACGUUUGGAUGUGCAAGCAUUAAUUGCAUGCAUAUCUUUAUAUAGUAUCAAUUAAUUUUUUCUACUAAUGUCCUUAUGUUUCUCGUUGAGGCCAGCACCAGAUAGCAUCAGAUAGCACCAGCUGGCUCCUCGUUCAGGCCACCCACAUGCUAGCUUUUUCUUAUAAAUUGUGGAAUGGAUGUUGUAUAACAAUCGUAAGGACACCAUAGAUCUAGUAACACUAGUGAGACGAGAAGCGAUGGAAGGAAGGCAAGGCAAUGACCGUGUCAACAAGGCAGGAGAAGGCUAGUCGGCGUUCUGGCCCAACCACCUAGAAAACAUCAUGCGAGGCGCCCUGCCGAUGGACCCGCGCGCCAGGAUCCACCCAGACGCCACAACCCUCGUGGACCAGUGUGUCAAGGAGUUCAUCAACAUGGUCACCGUCCAGGCCGAAACGGAGCGCGGAAAGGACGGCAAGAAGAAAAUGACUGGCCUCCACGUGAUCAAAGCUUUCGACACCCUCGGCUACAGCAACUACGUCGGGCCCCUCACUGAGCACCUCCGCCGGCACCGCGAGGUUAAGGGCUACGUGGGAGUUGGACGCGGCAACAAGCGAGCCACCGCGCAGCGGCAGGCUGCGACGGGGCAGAUGGCGCCACAGCCGUCCGACACCGCGUUGGGUCCACCGCCGGCAGGCAUCACGGUGCAAGGUCAGUUGCCGCCGGCCGCUGUGACGACGGCAACGGAGGAGAUGGCACCACAGCCGUCCGUCUUUAUGUUGGGUGUAUCGCGGCCGGACGGUGUCACGGUGCAAGGUCAGGCGUUGGCUGCCACUGUGACGACGGCGACCGGGGAGAUGGAACCAGCAGCACCACAGCUGUUCGGCUUUGCAUUGGGUCAGCCACCUCCACAGAAGCGUGUCCGUGGCGGGUGGUCCGGAGAUGCGCUGGCAAGCAGCUCUAGCAUGCCACCAGCGUGUGAUGACGAGUGAAUUAGCGUACCCCUGCUCUUCCUGCUGGCUAUAGAUGGGAUGGGAAUAUCAAUGAGAGGUUAUUGUAAACUUGGCAUGAUUGUUGCUGUACUGUACUAUUGGUGUUUGGUUGUGGUUUUUAA